AUGCCUCCCAAGAAGAGAGCUAGAUGUUCUACUAUAGGUGCUCAGGACGAUACGACACCUGAGGUUGCUUGUCGACAAAGCUCCAGAUCUAAUCACAGUGUUGGCGGCCACGUAGCACAACUUCAAAAACCUGGAGAAGCGAUAGCAGCACCCACGAAGAGUAGGAAAGGACGAAACGAUUACCCUGAGCUUGAUGCCAGUGAUCCUGAAGAAAAUUCAAUGGCUCCUGCGCGGCUGUGUCAGGGGAAGAAAAGUGCUCCUGCAAAACCUCGGACUACAAACAAUGUUCCCAAACCGAAACCUGUUCCUGCAAAACCUCGAACUAUGAGCAGCAAUUCUAAGCGACCCUAUCAAAGAUUCGGGUUUAAGGCACCUACACCUACUUCCAGUGUGCAGUGCACCCAGAAGGCAAACCAGCGAGACAUGAGCGAGGAAGAUGAUGAUAGAGAGUCUGUGCACCAAUCGCAUGACAAUAUGCAAAUCAGCAUGUGGACAAUGGAGAGGACUCCAGUCAACAUUCAGAUGCACCUGUUGAAGAUGGUGGUGAUGAUGGAAGGGAUUUUGAUUGAGAGCAUGACUGGGAAGAUGAACCCAUGGAUGUGGAGGGAUACUUAUGAUGUUCUUGAACAUCAUCAAGCACAGAAUGGACGAUGCAAGGCUCCUUCACUGUCAUAUCUUUCGGAAAUGAAAGGAAAUGAACGUGCUAGUACCUCCAUUCGCUCCAAGUCUCCUCGCCAACGCCCGUCUCAAAGUAGUGACCGCCCGAGAUCUCAUCAAUGUGUGCCAUCUGUGGAUGCCUCUUCUGUCCAAGCGCCUACUUCCCGAUGUAGACUCUCACCAUCUCAUCCGCCCAAACUUUACAUUCACCCUAAGUCUCCACGCCAACACUCAUAUCAACCUGCAAUGUCUAUGCAAUGUCCUUCAUAUGUGAAGUCUUCACGUUGGCGCUCCCCAUCUCGACCAGUCACUUCCUCCGAUAGUCGUACACAGGCCUCCUCCUGCAAACACUCUCCGUUGCGGACUUCUUCUGACCAUGCCACUACUCCUAGUCAUUCACUCUCUCAUAGCACUACACCCGUUGAAGCUUGGUGCACACGAAAUGUCAAGACAACACAAGACAACCCUUCUAAGCUUGGAUUUUAUCCACCUUGUUGGCAAGGCUUUCUUCAGGUGGCAAAAUUACAGAUGCGACUGCAAGCUGUUCUCACACAUCCAAUUCCAGAACACAAGGAUGCUGUGCAACUUGCGCAAGAAGUCCUGGACGCUGAAUUGUGGGUAUGCCACCAGAAGAAGCUUAAAUUCGAGGAUGGCUACUUCCCGGCAUAUAGCCCGCAGAUGUGCCGGUUGCUCUGUGACGAUCUCUUCAUGUUCCGUACAGAGCUCAAAAAGGUUGUUAUCUCUAUAGCCAAAUUGUCUUAUGAUAUCUUUCCGAAGGGCACCUCACUGCGAUCGGAGGAGAUAAAGAAGCGUGUCAUUGCAGCUGCCACUAAGCUACUCAAGACUGGUGAUUACCUCUGGAUCCCUGACUCGUCUUAUGGAAAAUUCAAGAAUUUUGUAUUGCAGGCUCUCAAGGAUGUUUGUCUCGAAUUUUUCUAUGGUGACAGCAAGAAAGCGCUGAAGAAUACGGAUGACUUCCACCAAACAAUCCCUGCUAACGCGCUCAUUCUCGUGGCGGCAGUCAUGAAGGGUGUUAUUUCUGGGUUCAGUGAAACUGGGACCGACAGAUCUCCUGAACUCCCUGCUGAUAGAUGCAGGACCGACUUCAACAAGUUGCGGACAUCAGUUGAUAAGUUGCUCGACAUCCCGGAACUUCGCAAAGAGCUUGAAGAGAUGCUGCAGCAAUGGGCUAAGAUUGGUAUGGGCAAAUCUGAUUGGCAUGCAGAUGGGAGUGCAGCAGGCAGUGAUGUGGACAUCAAUAUCAUACUUUAA